AUGCUCUACAGUGCUUGGUUUUCUCUGCUUCUGCCGGCGUAUGGGACGUGGAAGUCUCUCGCGCAUCGCCCUGUGUCCGAACCUGAGUUAGAGCGUUGGGCAAUGUAUUGGUCUGUCAUGGGCGCUUUUGUUGCUUUCGAACACGUCGCGGAGUGGUUUAUCAGUUGGCUUCCGUUCUACUGGGAGAUUAAAAUCUUGGUCCUCUUCUACCUGUCUCUGCCUCAGACGCAGGGUUCCACAUGGGUCUACCACACCUUCGUGCACCCAUAUCUCUCCAUAAAUGAGGCCAACAUAGAUGCCAGCAUUGCCGCCGCGAAGGCCAACAUUGUCGCCUUCGUUCAGAGCCGCUUCGCUACGCUCUGGCAGCGCUUCGUCGAGACAGCUAUGAAGGCGGCUUCCACCGCUGGUGCUCAACCUCAGGGGGAGCCUGGCGCUCCGCCAACGAGUCCCAUCGACAUGGCGAAGGGUUUGUGGAGUACGUAUGGCCCGGCCUUGAUGGGCAGCCUCCAGGCGCCAGCAGGUGCUGCGAACCAGCACCAACGCCCGGUUCCACCGCACGCCUAUUCGUCGGCUUCAAUCUACUCCCAGUCUUCAGUGUCCUCCGAGAGCUCCCCCGCCUCGUCCUCACACUCUUCUGAGCCGCCGGCGUACCCUGAGCCUUACAAGGUCUAA